AUGACGCUUCCGGACGACGGUGCGACGGCGCACCGGUUGGUCGAGGCCUUCAAGUACGCCAUCGCACGCAGAGGCCGCCUUGAAGACCCCCUCUUCGGUGACGUCACCGCGGAGAUGGAGGAACUGCAGAACGCCGACAAGAUCACGCGCAUCGCUGCCAACGUGGGCGACAAGCCCCGCGCGCACGUCGAGGACUACGGCUGGCGGGCACCCGUGGCCCAGGACCAUGGUUCCAGCUUCGUUGUCGUCAUGGCACCCGACGGGGACGCCGUCGUCGUGGUUGCCUCGCUCAACUGGGACUUCGGAUCGCUGUGGCUGUCGCCGUCGACGGGCGUGCUGCUGAACAACCGACUGGACGCGUUCUCGUACCCGGGCCGCACGGGCUUCCAGGGCUACCCGGAGCAGCUGACCAACCGCAUUGCGCCCGGAAAGAGGCCCAUGUCUUCCGCCGCACCGCUUCUGUUCACCUCCGACGGGCUACUGCGAGGCUUAGGGGCGCCCACCGGCGGACCACUGGCUAUCACUGGGGCUGCCCAGGUGGCGAUGCGCGUCCUCUGGAUGAAGCACACCAUCAAGGAGGCCAUCGACUGCGGCCGCCUGCAUCACCCGCUGCUGCCGGACUCGGUGCGCGCGGAGGAAUACGUGGACGCGGACAUCCAAGAGAACCUUCAGCAACGCGGUCACCGGCUGAGACUCAUGCGGUGGCAAGGCACUGUCCACGUCAUCGCUAAACCACGUCAACGUCACAUGUUAACGGCUUACGAUGCCCGCGAAGGAACACCGGGAUUUGACGGCGACUAACCACUAAUGCUGACAACGCUCAUGCUUUUCAUUCACGCAUGUAACUGCGUGUGCGCUUUAUCAUUCAUCUUAUUAUACAUUGCCGGAAUUUCUCUAUCUUUAUCCGUAAACUCUGUGUACAUGUGUUCGUCCUCUUGAUGUACUUGUUGAUGCAGGUGUCAAGAGAUUAACACUAGCGCAAGAAAAAGAAUUGAAAAGACGCACAAAAUCCCUUUCUUUAUCUGCCUCUUGUAUGUUUAGGCCUAUAUAACAAGUAACAAGGACAAACUAAAUACAGUCGUUACUUUGCCCACUACUAUACGAAAUAUGUUAAAUUAGAAUAAGAAUUACACUUUCCAAGUACUGUAAUAAUAUCUACCCAAAGUACUAAACAUUCUUUAACGGAUGUGAUAACUUUGCCUGCUUUGAAAGCGUUGUGUAAAGUGUGCUGUAUACCUUCUUGUAGCGAAAUGACUGCGUAAAUUUUACUUGUAAUUGUAAAUUUUACACACAUUUUAUAUUUAUUUGUGAAAGAGAUUACGUGAAAACUACUGCACUGUUGUUUGUUGCUGCCUUUGUAAAACAUUUACGAGGGACGAUGGGUGUCAUCAAACUGCCGUGACGUAUAUUUUUUUCAUCACUAUCCUCGCCACUAGCGUACAGUUUUGUCAUGUACAGAUGUGAUAAAAUAAA